AUGUCGAGCGUGUUUGCCGACCCUCGAGUAAAAGAACUGUUAAACCUACACAGAAGUCCCAAGCUCGCAACAGAAGGGAAGACUCCUCCCUCGCAGGUCCAGGAUUUGGUUAAUAAGUACAGCAGGCUGGGAAGCAAUGUGGUAUCUCAUCCCACUCGUAGUAGCCCGGAGAAGACUACCGACAAGCCUGCAGAUUCUAAGCCAUCCAUACCUCCUUUGAAGUCAGAGUCAGUGAUGACACGGCUAACGGCGCUAUCAUCAAACAAUACAACCCAAAACGUAGCGUCUCUUGUUACUGCCAUCGCAUCUCACCCAGCGACUGCUGCUCUUCCGAAGCAGGAAGCAUCUCAGCAGCCGGUUAUUCCAACUUCAGUGGAGAAGCGAGCCGUCACUCAGCCAUUAUCCCAACAGAACAUGAACAAGCUUAUGAAUGCGAUUGAUCCUCAAGCAGCACCUCUCAUUGAAGACCAGGUAGCAGGCAAGCAUACUGGAACCAAGCCGCUCCUUACUUUACAGCAGCAGCAAGCAAUUUCGUCACUACCUACAAAAUCUGAACGAGAAUCAGCAUUGAACGAGAUAGCACUGAAUACUGCCAUACAGUCCGCACAGCAUGCUAAUAUGGAGCUUUCAAAGGCAGGGAUCACGUUUCCCAUGUGGUUUUUUGGGGUGCAGAAUCAAUCUGAUCUUGUCUCACGAAGCUUCAUAUCUCUAGCGCAUAUACAACAGCCCAUGGUAAUGAAUGAUAGCCUGCUGCAAGAACACCUACUUGUCUCCGAUUGUAUCGCUGUUCUACAAGGGUGCAUGCAGACAACUUACUUACAGGUAUCUGAGCAGAAUAAGGAGUACGUGGUGACGAUCAGAAAAGAAGUCGCAACCGAGUUGCCGGCUACACUGGUAGCAAUGACGCAGAGGGUCCUCGUCCAUGCGCACGCGCGUUUUCAAAUUGUCAACACCAUUUACACACACCAAGUUCCGGAGUAUGGACGGAUAGCUAACGCAUUCUCUCAAGCAUUGCGUUGCAUAAUAAAAGAGUAUGAUUUUUAUUUGGCAGACUUGUCGAAAAAGCAUUAUGGGAAAAUGCAGAGCAGUGCUGAAAGAGGAUCUCUAAGUUUACAGACUUUAGAGGUCAAAACGAAACAGAUACACAUUAUUUUAGAGAAUGUUGCCGACCUAUGUAGUAGACUCGGGGUGGUGAGGGGAUGUGCAUUACUGCAACAGCUAGAAACAGCUGUGCUACAGUCUAGUGGACUAUCUGUGAAAGAAGUCUUCCAGUAUCUGCUCUCCGAAUCGCUAAAACCCUUGGGUAGAAUAAUGGACAGAUACAUCAAUGAAGCUGUGAUCCCAGACUCGGAUGCAGCAGACUUUUUCAUCAGGAAGUCUCACUCGACGGAGUUAGCAGAGGAGCAGGGGAAGACAACCAUUAACACGUGGAUGCAAAUGUUUAAAGUAGACGAUGCACAGGUCCCUCUUUUUCUCAACAACAUCAAAACUCAUCUGUGUGAUAUUGGGAGGAGCACCGUUCUACUGAAGUGGAAAAAGAAGCAGUACAUAGACAAAGGCCCAAAUGCUUCUGGUCAGGAGCUUCUCCUGCUUUCUGCUGAAGCAUCCGGAGAGACUACUCAAGGCUUUAGGCAUGGGGAGGAGACGGUUGCCUCCUUGGUCUGUGGCGACGGAAGUACUGGGGACUUAGAGCUGGCCCAUAUUCGAUUAUAUAAACAGCUCAUAGAUAUUAACGCGCGUGUUCAAACUAAGGUGCUUGAUUUCUUCAUCAAUCCUGAGUAUCUUGACUUUAGGGGUCAUCUUCAAAACAUAUAUGCCUUCUAUCUGGUUAUGGCCGGAGACUUCUUGUCGUGCUUCGUUGAGUCUGCCAUCAGCGAGCUUGUUUUAUCGCGAAGCGUGGCGAAUAUCCUUCGAAUAAGAAGUAAGUUCAAGAUGGUUAUCAAGACCUCAUCGCUAGCAAACCUCCCUUACAACGAGCGAAUGAACGUUAUUGUGUGCCCAGAGCUUUUCAAACAUCAUCUUAAUAGCGUGCUCUACCCACAAACAUAUGUUCCCGAUAGAGCAACAGAUUCUCCUGAUCCUAAAGUCCUCAAUCUAUUAGGUUUGCAAUACGAUGUGACAUAUCCACUCAAUCUAGUUCUCACGACACCGGUUAUGGAGCGGCUUAACUUAGUAUUCAGGCAUAUUCUGAGAGCAAAGGUAUCUGAAAUUGAGCUCCAAAAAGCAUGGACAACCUUACAGCGACUGAGGAAGUUGGAACGAGUACCACAUGACAAGAUAGAGGUGUAUGCGAAUGCUUUGCGUUCAGACAAGAGCCCUAUCAUAAUAUUCUUUGGGGUAGCAUACAAAAUGCUCAUCACCAUGCUUGACUUCAUUCACAGCUUGCAGUUCCAGUAUGUCACAAUCUUGACUGAGUGCAUAGCAAAGUUUCAAGAUACGCUUGUUAACGCAAAGUCUCUGGAUGACCUUGUCUCGGGAAUGUCAGCAUUUGCAAAUGGGCUCAUUAUGUCACUGGGCCUAGUGAGCAACAACGUAGUUAAUAUUCUGGAUACACUGUUCAAUGACUGCAUUGUCUAUUCUCAUCACAUAGUCAAAACCUUCUGUAUAAUUAGCAACGAAGACGACGAGUUCAUUAGAAAGAUCGUGACAAUCAACGAAGAGAGUAGGGAAGGGAAAAGCGGUCCUCGGGGCGUCAAGGGGAGCGAAAGAAUGACUAGCUUAUUGAAAAAGCGAGAGGCCAUUGAGAUGACUCGCCUGAUUGCAAUAGCAAACAGUGUCUAUAGUCUAAUUGUGGACAACAGAGGGCUUAUUGCAACGUUGAUGACCAAGUUCAACAAGGGCGUCGCCUCCUAUGAGCAGGUCAUUCGGAAUUUCGACGACCGGUAG